CACGUCCCGGCUCCUACGCGGUUUUGUUCUGUACUCUGCACGGUGUCCUUUCCCACCGGGAGCGUUUCAGAGUGUCUUGACUAAGGGGAAGCCAUAGUGGUCAAAUAAUCAAAUAGCCAUAGUCAAAUCUAUGGGAAAAGUCGUUUUGGGCCCAAUGGUGUCACGUGACGUUGUAAUUACACGGUUUGGCCGCUAUGAGAAAUUGGCUUCAAAGCCCGGUGCUGUUCCUGGGGGCUUGGGUUAAAUCCAUUAAAUCACAAAGAAGAAGAAGGAGCAGGAGGCUCUUUCUCUGCAUACCAUAACAACCGAGGACGCUUUCUCCUGAUUGGCUGCUGCUACAUCCUGUGUUUUCAGACCUUGCUAGUUCCUCAACAGAUGCUAUUUUUAACCACACCUCCUCCAUGAGCAGUGGAUUAAAAUGUCCUACAAAAUGUGUUAGUAAGUAAUGAUAUACUUGAUAUACUUGGCUUCCGGUGGUCAUUCCAAACAUGAAUGAUACGGAUAAAGAAGUUGUUAGUUGCUGCUACUAAUUAGAAUGCUUCUGCUGCGGGAUUAUUAGCUGUAAAUUAGUUGUUAGCUGGCGUUGACGCUGCCUUCUCAUUCAAGAAUUAAGACAAAUUAGUGUCACAACAGCAGCGUUAGCUCUGUUUACUGGCCACGAUGCAGCAGGGAUGGACGUUUGGAUGCCAUUUCUAAUGUUGAGCUGCACUGUCUGGGAUGGAUCACAACAACGCAGAGAUACUGAAAGAUCCUGGUGGAAAGCCUGGUCUGACAGCAGACUGGGAAAACUCUGAGUCGUUCUCCCCAGAAAAGGAGCAGUGGAGAUGCAGUUCCUGCACGGCGACAGAGGACCUGACCACUAAUGGUUCUUGGUCACAGAGUUCCAUCUCCCGUUCCCUGCAGCGGGCCGAGACUUUACUCAGAAGCACCUUUAAUCCCAGUCUGAAGUGGCUGUUCCACGGCCGCAGUCAAGAUGAGGAAGAGGAAGAGGGAAAUUUUGUUGUUGCUCACAACCUGGUGUCCCGUUCCUCUGCACGUCUCCUGCGUCUGCAACAAGCUCUUCUGACUGUGGCACCACAGUGGCAACUGGUCGGCAGGGCACAGAUGGGGUCUCCCCAGGUCUGUGUUAAAGGCCUCCCAGCAGAGGGCAGUGUUCUCCUCCUGCCUUCCUCCUCCUUCCUUCAGGGGCACUACAGAGCUCUGUGGAGGCUCCUGGAGCAGCGAUCACUGCUGCUCUUCAUACACGAGUACACCAGGAGGGCUCGCCUAACAGCAGCAUACAUAUCCAGAGUGAGCCAGUUGCUGAACCAGAACCCAUCCAACUGCUCUUCAUUCAGGGUCGGUCUGGGCUCACUGUGUCAGGAGCUCCGGGUUCAUCUCAACCACUGGUCUUGCCUGUCCUCCAAAGUGCAGUCUGACCACUAUCUGAGACUUGCUCUGAUCCAGCAGGCCACGCUGCUGCUAGAAAUCAGACAGACUCUGGACUUACUGGGCCUGCAGGCAUUGGUUGUGAUGGAACAUUAUGUGCAUGCUGUUCUGUCUGCUAUAGCCCAGACUGAACUAGACUAUGUACCAAGAGAAGUGCUGGAGGAUAUUUUAGCUGGUACAGACCUGUAUAACCAGGCAGUCGAGGAGCAGAGAGCACAGCACAGCACCACCCAGCUGAGGACUGCGAUAUUACAGCAGGCACGUUAUUCCACACCAGACUCUAGUCUUCCAAACAGCAGAAGGUAUCACCCUGCUGCCUUCUCAGUCAAAGAGCUAAUGAAGAUUUUAGCAGUGCAUCAUGCAGAAAUGGCAGCCAAGCAGCUGCUCGACUGGGCCUCUGAGCAAAGCUAUCACAUCUGUAAUGUCCACAGCCAUCACGAGGCCCACAUAUUUUCUGAUAACCCCAUCAGUCAGGUGUCCAGGCUCAGCUGUGGGACCAUCACACUGAGAUCUAAGUGGACCUGGGAGCAGCUGCUGCAUUCCUACCUUAUCUCCGCUGUUAAUCCUUACUCCCCUCUGCAGUCACCUGCUCAUCACACCAGCCAUAAAACCAGGAGUAACUUCCCCAACCAGUGCCAAACAUACAUAUUCCAGACUAAUGUGGAUGCUUUGAACUCUGAUUUUAAAAUCUCAAAUCUAGAAAAACAGACCAGUUUAGAAAACUGUAAACUAUCGCAGACCGUUUCACCCCCUUCAACCUCCCCUCACCACCUUUCAACCCUGCCUCUGUCCGGGUUUUGCCAACAGGACCAGUCCUCUGUAGAGCUACUUUUUCAGGUGCUUGUUUCCUCCAAUGACCUGCUGGCUCCACUGGUAUCACAUACACCUACACCAGAGGGACCAGCUGAACAACUGCUUCCACACACAACAACAACAGAUGUACUACCGAAAAAUGGAAAGACUGACCCGAUGAUUUCCACUGCUCCAAUCACUGAUUCAGUGGUGUUAAGUAGACUGAGAACAGAACUGAACGAGGACCAAAAUGUGGAAGAAAGUCAGCAGGAAUGGGCUGACCUGGAAACAACAACCAGGCCAGAAGCCACUCCCAGCUCAGGUUUUGGAAAGGAUGGAGACCCAGAAAAAGAGGUGACUUUGGGAGCAGAGGGGACGCCAGACUGGGUUUGUCGGCCUCGCUCGGUCCAGUGGUCAGACCUCGGUCAGUCGCUGGUGUUUGCUGAUCUGUUUGAACAGUACCGCACCCUGCUGUGGACUCUCUGCAGCAAAGCCUUGUGGCUGCAGCUCCAUGUCCCACCAGCAGGAAACACUGCUGGAGGCAUCACCUUCCAUGACAAUCACAGGAGGUUCCAGAUCCUGCACAUGAUCAGUCAAGCUUCAAAGACAGAUCUUGUUCCAAUUGAGUGCAGAACCAUGCUGGAGGACUUCAGUCUGCGUCUGUUAGUCAGCACAGCAUAUGCUCAGUGGGACUAUGUGGUGUGCAGAAGUUUAGGUUCAGCUCUGAAAGAUAAGUGUCUCAUAGAUGUAAACCAAGGUAGCAGAUGUAUGACACUGUCAUCUAAGCAAGAUGGAAGUGUGAUGAUGUCAGAGACCAUGGAGCACUUCCUGCAGUUGUCCCCUCCUUUCCUGUCCUCCCUGUGCUGCCAUCAGUCAAACAGCAGGGUCCCAGGUUGUUUUAGCCUCCUCCCCUGCAGGUUCACUCUCCAGAGGCAGGCUGUUAGUUUGGCGCUUGCCACAGUGCAGCUGUCUACAGCCUGGGUCAUGUCAAAGGCCUACCAGUUCCUCUCCUCAUGGAGCCUCAACAAGUUCCUGCUCAUUACACAAGGAGACCUCAAAGUGCUGAGAGAGUCAGUAGACAUGAUCGUGCAGCUGACGAAGUCCCUGAUGAUGAAUUCAGACAAUGACCAUCAUUCCACUCUUCAUGACCACAAUCAGCUUCUGCUGAGGCAGCAGCUCAGAGCACUUGACAGGGCUGUAUCUGAGCUACAGACCUUCUCUUCUCUAGUGCUGAAGACCUUUUCCAGUGACUGCAAGAAGAUGUCAGGGGAGAUCUUUGAACAGACCAUGCCUUCUGCUGUACACUGGAGACCUAACCACAGAACAGGUUUUCCCGGCAGUCCCAGUGAAUAUGCAGCUCUGGCAGCUCAAACUGUAAUUGGUCAGGUUUUAGAGGGUGUGGCACCAUUGUCUGAUGAUGCCCGUGUCCAGGCACUGAGUAUAACAAUGACAGCUUUCAUGGAGGCAUGGAUGGAACACAUCCUGAAACAGAAGAUAAAAUUCAGUGUGCAGGGCGCUCUCCAACUGAAGCAGGACUUUGAUUCUAUCAAAGAGUUAAUCCAGUCAGACAAAUACGGUCUGCCAGCUGAACUCCACCAACGACUGCUCAGCCUCAGGGUUUUUCAGCAGGUGGACUCAGCAGUAGUUUGCUUACUCCAGCAGCCACAGGCCAAACCAUACCUGCAGUCCAGAGCCUGGGAGCCUUUCACACGCUGCUGUCCUACUAAUAGCAGCAGAAACAGCAUCAAUGCAGCAGUGAAGAGCAGUAUCACCAACCUGAGGAGUAUGGAGGGUGAGGACAUGACUCACUCUGAUCUCUCAGUCACGACCACUGACCUCCCUCCAGUGGACCCAUCCACCCCCGGAGAGCCCUACCUUGCUCCAAGUGUAGCUCUGGGUGCUGCUCAGCAGGAAUGGUUGGACCUGAGGAUCCACCACAGUGCUCGUCGUUGGAGGCUGCCUGGACUACAGUGUCUUUCUAAGUCUGAACCCUGAACGCAGACCCUGUAGAGAUCUGACACACACACACAAACACUUGAGGAUUUCAAGAUUUUUAUUGUCAUUCUAACACAUGUACAUGUAAAGGAACAAAAAUAAGAUUGCUCGGGUCCCAGUGUAAUAAGAUAUUAAAAAAAACAAACAAGAAACACAUGUUAAAAAGGUGAAUCUCUCUUGUUGUUUGGUUUAGUGACAAAAGGAACAAACAUGGUUGAAAGGAAAUAUAGGUCCAUAGUAAAAACGUGUUAUUUUUAUUGUUGGUAAAGUAUACAUUUUAAAGUAUAUAAAAUAAGAUCUUGAUACCUCUGAAAGGUACUUUGGGAUGAUGAUUUUUUUUUUUUUUUUUUUUUACUUAAUCUAAAAUAUUUGUAUUUGUAUUAAUUA